AGCCGGCCCCUACUAAUCGGCGCCUUGAUCGCGCAACUGUGCUAGUGCUAGUCCAACUCGGCCCUUCUCAACAACAUCUCAACCGCGACCUCCAGCUAUUUAUUCCAUCAGACUACCCAUGACCAAGAAUGACAUCCGCCGUCGAUUCCUGCUGCUCGGGAGCGCCCGCUUGACUCAAAGAUGCUGAUAUCAACAAAGGCCUUUGUGAGCCUCCUGUUGUUGGCCGGCGCUGCCAACUCGGCCAUCAUCAGCGCUGCGAAACUCUUCAUCGGCGGUCCUGCCGAUGCUGUCAACCUUGACUAUGCCAGUUUUCGGGGUGCGAAAGAUCUGAGAACGGGCACCAAGAACUACCUCGGAAUGCCCUAUGCUCGUCCUGAAAGGUUUCGCCGCUCUAAGCUUCUCACCACCAAACUCGAGGGCGUUCAAGACGCUUCUGAUUAUGGCCCGGCAUGUAUUCAGCAGUCCGUCCUUUCCAUUCUUUCUCCCAGUCCGAUUGGGGACCUACUUGGUGGACUCGCCACUUUACUGGAGGGUCCCCUAUUGAGACCGGUAUUGGGAACAGCGGAGGACUGCCUCUCAAUCAAUGUGCAGGCUCCGCUCAAUGCGACCAAGGAUAGUAAACUGCCCGUGGUCUUGUGGAUUCACGGAGGCGGCUUUGCAGUCGGCUCGUCUGCUGCAUUAGGCUUCACAGAAACUGAGGCCAUACAGGGCGUCAUCUACCAAGGCGCCAAUAUCGUCCAGCAUUCCAUCAACAUGAAUCAGCCCGUGGUGUUUGCAUCCAUCAACUACCGUCUCAACGCAUUCGGCUUUUCGCAGUCCAAGGAACUUGCUGACCAAGACGCUCUAUCACUCGGUUUUGGUGACCAACGAGUCGCAAUGCACUGGGUCAAGAAAUACAUCUCUCAGUUUGGCGGAGACCCAAACCGGGUCACAUUGUUCGGCGAAAGUGCAGGCUCCAUGUCUAUCGCCGGCCAUCUCACAGCCAAUGGCGGCGAUACCGAGGGUCUCUACCGGGGCGUCAUUAUGGCCUCGGGCGCCGGCCUCAAAGUCGACGACUACACGCGCCAGCAAGGCACAUUCAACUACAUGCUCGAAUCUGUAGGCUGCCGCGACGCAACUGAUAAACUCGCCUGUCUCCGCAGCAAGCCUACAGAGUCCUUUUUCGAGUACAUCAACCAGAGCCCGCAGUUCCUUGGCUACCAUUCCACGAACGUUGCCUGGAAUCUGCGCGCAGAUAACCACUAUCUAUCCGACUCGCCUGACCGGCUCAUUGCCAAGGGGCAGGUCGCAGAUGUGCCAAUCCUAAUCGGCGACAUGAAAGACGAAGGCACCCUCUUCUCUCUCGUCAACAACCUCAAUAUCACUACCACUGACGAUCUCAUCGACUACCUCCAAACAAUCUUCUUCCCAAACGCACCAGUGGAGAAGAUCGAACAACUCGUCGCUCAAUACCCCAACGACCCAUCUGCCGGCUCUCCCUUUGACACCGGUCCUUUGAAUGCCAUUAGCCCUCAAUACAAACGCAUCGCCGCACUCAUCGGCGACUACACCUUCCAGUCUGAGCGCCGGCAAUUGCUCCCACACGCCAAGAAUAAGGUCUACAACUAUCUGCUCGAGACCGUCGUUCCGAGUGCAGGUCUCGACGGCCUGCCCAUCGUGGGCACACUGCUCAACACCCUCAAACUCGCCAACAUUCCCGUGCUCGGCAGUUUCCACGUCUCCGACGUUGUGCUUUAUUGGUUCGGCCUUCUACCGCCGACAGUGAGUCGCAAUUCGCUACAUCUGAUGAGUGUGCUGGUGAGUUUCGUAAAUCACCUCGAUCCGAACCAGCACGGGCUAAGUGAUCUGCCCAAAUGGCCGCUCUUCGACGAGAGCGGGCGCAAGACGAUGCAUCUGAGAGAGAGUCAGACGGAUAUAAUUACAGACGAUUACAGGGCGAAUGCCAUCAAAUUUAUUAAUGAUAAUGGGGAUGUCUUCAGGACAUGAGGUAGCUUACUUAGACGGCCGCAGCUAGAUAAUGCAUAAUGACAAUCUACAUGACAUCACUUCAAAGACACUUCAAACAUCAAACCUUCACAAC